AUGUACAGAAAACAGUUGGCAAUGCCGUUGGCGUUAAGUUUUCUGGCCAUUUUUGUCAACAUUCCAGCUUUCUUUGAGGUUACCACGAUAACAUGCUACAGAACGUUAACUAAACGACUGGUUUAUGUGGUAAGAAUUGAUUUGUUGAUAGAGAAUAUAUUAGUCUUUCUAUUUUGACCCCUAAAAUUAUAAACUAAUGGACUUAUCGUGGCUAAAAUUUUGUUAAAAAAAGGUAAUUCAGGGCUAUCUUUGACCUAGAAACGUACCGUAACUUCAUUUUUAAACCAUUUUAUCUACUGUAACUUAAUUUUUCAAAACAAAAAUUUUUCUACAGAUCCACAAUAAACUACUGUAUCAAAUUUGACACUUAUAUCACCCCAUUUUUUUAGUUAAAAAUCUCUGGGAUGCGCCUAAGUCCGGUAUAUACACUAUGGUACAAGGUGGUGUUCAGGAUGCUAAUCACAACAUGUGGACCCAAUAUUUGUAUUUUACUGCUUACUGUAAGAACAGUAAUGCUAUUACGAGGCUCGACAAAAACCCGCCGAAGUCUGUUUCAAAUGAGCGACUCUUUAAUCGACCGGUAUUCAUCAAAGUAGGUUAAUGUCAUGGAUAAUAUCGCUAAGCAAAGGUUUUUUGAGAUUUUGUAAAAUUUUUGGUUUUGUUAUAUGUAAAAGAUAUAGAGGGUCGAUUUAAGUUAAGACAUGAAAGCCAUUUGAGUAUAAUUUGUCCGUUUUCAGAGCAACAAUGUUAACCAUGAUAUCAAUCAUGUUGGUGGUCAAGUUUUUGGCCUUUCGAAGUCUAUCAUUCAUGGUAAGUUAGAGCUUUUGAUUUUUGUAGCUAGCCUAUAGUAUAUUCUAAUUAUUCUGUAAAAUUCCGAUUGUGUGGAAUCGCAGUUUUAAAGUUAUAAGGCUUUAUAUUGUAGUAGGUAUAAGCUGGUAAUAACCUGUCAUUUCAGCUCGAUAUCUGGGAGCUGCUGUUCGGAUUCGGCACGAAUAUAAGAGUAUUUGUAUAUCUGGUUGAUCUGUCGAAUAUUAUGAUCCUACUCAACAGCUCCACCAAUUGCUUCAUCAUUUUUUGGUGCUCGAAAUGGCUUCAGGAGAAGAUCGUGCAGAGGAACACGUUGAAGCGAGAAAAGUUAAUAUGUGGAGAAGGGUAGGUUACUAAAAGUUGCUUUAAAAAGCUAGUUUGAUCUGGUUUUGAACUAAAAUAGUCUUAUUUUGGUUGAAAAUGGGUUUUUGGGGGUUAAAACAGAAUGCCAAAGACUAUAUUGGCGUUCAAUUGUUUUCGUGAUGGGACCAAAGUUUAGGAGGGAUGCUUUUUAGGAAACGGCAAGAACUUUCUUUACAUUACGAAAAAUGGCAAAAACUUUCUUUACAAAACAAAAAUUGCAAGAACUUUCUUUACAAAGUCUAAAAACCAAUGAAAACCUGAUAACUGCCUACUAUAAUAUAACCACACCUCAAUUUUUAGCAACUGGUUUGCCUCCUCAGACCGUAUGAAUCUUCUACACAAAUCCUGGCGUCAACUAGUCUCACACACUCAAGAUCAAGUCGGCCAACGAGUGCUAUAUGCGAUGCUAACCAACAAUCCACCAGUGUUCUCAAUGUUCCGUCAAAUAUGCAAAUCUUCCCAAACCGGCACCCCAGUCCAAUGUAACCGCAAUAAACGUGUGAUACGUCUCACCUCGUCGGCCAGAAUGAUCUCCACACCCUCGAUCGAAUGGGACCCACUAGGGAAGCUCCACCCCGAAAGCAUCUCAAUAUCAGCUACAGUGAACGAACUGAUCGAUGACAAGUAUAGACACUCCCCCAAACCGGUACAAAUCGUGGUACCAAUCAUGAAACAAGACGAUUCUGAAGUGUUUCACAACCUCUCGGACUCACUUAAUGAUCUACCAUCGACUUCGAAUGACAGUGGUACGGUGGGCUUCAUGCUGGAUGCGGAACGAUAUAAACGGUCGGAUUCUAGACGGUAAGGAGGGUUAAAUUAUUUUUGAAUAAAAAAUGUUGAGGAAAUGUCAGAAAGCUCUGAAAAUUGAUUUUUGAAAAAAAAAUUUGGGCGAGGUAAAAAGUUUUUAUUUUUUGGUAAAGUGGGGGGGGUAGAAAAAUUUAUAAAAGAUGGAGGAAAAUCAUUGAAUUGCAGUCAAAUUAGGAAAAAUAGAAUUUUUUAAGUGGUUGAAACAGAAUGCCAAAGAUUUAUUGACAUGCAUGAUUUUCGUGGUGGGACCUAAAUUUUUAUUUUGAAAAAUGGCGAUAACUUUCCUUACAAACAUUAAAAUAAAACGAAUUUGAUUUGCAACCCAAAAAUGGCAAGAACUUCCUUUACAAAUCGAAAAAUGGCAAGAAAUUUCUUUACAAAACAAAAAAUGGCAAGAACUUUCUUUACAAACUUAAAUUUUUGAUAUUCUCUCUAUUUUUAGACCAUCCUCCCCCUCAUCCACCAAAUCCUCCAGUAGUACCAAGAAAAUGAAAAAGUCCCAUUCGGCGGUACCAAUGGAGCCGAAAGUGCACCAUUACUCAUGCCCAAUGACGGACGAAGAGAGAGGCGAGAAACCGGUCGAAAUCCUGAUGAAUCGACAAUUCAACAAGAUUUCCGAGCAAAUCACCACCUUCUUGGAUACUACAAUAUCGGAUAUGCGAAAGGGAAAGAGUGAAGCAGAUGUGGCACAAAGCAUACGAAAGUUGGGCGAUUUACACUAUGAAAAGGGCAUUUUAAUACCACCGACGGCGUGGCGAGACUUCAAAACGAGUAUCAUCAAAGCGCUGGAGGAGUGCAACUACAGUAACGAACAUGUAAGUGAGGGUAAUUUUAUAGUAAAAAAAAGUGGGAAUACAGUAUGAAAAAGGAAGAAUAUGGUCUGGAAUGGCAUUUAGAAGACAUUUUUUCACAUUUUUAAAAUUUCAGUGGAUUAAAAAUGGCAUUAAACUUAAGGUUUUACAGUAAGAAUACAGUAACCUAAUAGUAAGAAAAAAUGAAAAUACAGUAAGAAAAUGAAAAAGCAUGGUCUGGAAUGGAAUGGCUUUUAGAAGACACUUUUUUCAUCUUUAUAAUUUGUGUGAAUUGAAAAUGGCAUUGAGCUUGACUAAAACAUAUUUUUAUGCCCUACAGUGGAGUAAAGCACAUUUUUUGAAAAUUCACAAAAAUAAAUAAAAAAUCGAAUUGAUAGGAUGAUAGAGCAUAGAAGUUGUAAAUGCACGCCACGUUUUAUAAUGAUGUCACGUUUUUUGGAAAAGAUAUGAUUUAAAAAUGUCAGGCAACCGCGCUUAGGAAUUAUGCACUGUGCAGUGAUUAAUAAGGUUGCACCGUGCAGUCAAAUCAAAGGUUGCACCGUGCAGUCAUAAAUAAGGUUGCACCGUGCAGUCAACUAAAAGGUUGCACUGUGCAGUCACAAAUAAGAUAGCACUGAAGACAAAAAAGGAAUAAAGAGUAAUAUAAAAAGAUAAAAAUAUGCGCGAAAUGACACAAUUUUAUGGUUUUAUACAAUUAGAUAGCCUAAGAGAAAUUGCAAGAAAUGGCGUUACGCAACGUUUUCUUAUGUAAUAUUAUGGUUUUAUAUAACAUUUGUCUCGAUGUAAAACGACCCAACAAAUGACUGCGAGUGCUGGGGUUUGGCUCUAUUUUACUGCGAGCGGUCAGUUUUUACAGGCAUAGUAUGCUUGAGCCUACAGCCUAAGGCGACUAGGUGUAGGUCUACCAAGUCUAAGCUUGCUAAGCCUACUAAGCUUAAGCUUAAUAAGCCAAAACUUAGCUAAGCUUAUGCCUACUAUGCUUACGCCUACAGAUCCUAAAUCUACAAAGCUUAAGGCUAGCAAGCCUAAGCCAACUAAGCCUAAGUUUAAUAAGCUUAAGCCUACUAAGCCUCAAAAUUAUAAAUUUUAACUAAUAAAGACAAUAAACGACAAUAAAAAGAACAAAAUCAAUAAAAACCUUAAAAAUUACAGGAGCGAAGCCUAGUAAUGGAAACAUGGAACUCAUUCAUUGCCAUGUUUAUACGUGAAAUGAAGUUGUCCAUGUUGGGUGCUAGUAAUAAUGCCGUUCAACCGAACAAUAUCCACCACAAAUUUUCGACUGUAAGCCAGUGUAACCCCGGUCGACGGCAGUAA